AUGCAUGAUGAUGAUGGCAGCUUGUUGUUUGCCUAUUAUAAGGAUGGUGCCACUGAUCCCACGAUUCUUUACUUUGCAUAUGCUUUGAAGGAGUAUAUGAUAUCAACGACGCCUACUCCGAUUCUCCCUCUCUUCAAUUUCUCUCUCUUCUUCCGCCAUCAUUCCACUUUCUUCACUCACACACAACAGCAAGAGAAAAUUAGAAGCAACAAUCCCCCACCGUUUUGGGGUUUCGUUUUCGUAUUUACCACCACUUUCAGAUCUGAAUCGCAAUCCGCCAUUGCCAAUCCCCAUUUCGCAGCGCAGAUCUCGAUUCUCUACUCCCUCGCCCGCAGCAUUCUUCAUUCCUCAAUAACUCCGUUCUCCCGAAUCCCACUCUUCGCCGAUUUUGGUUUCCGUCCAUUCACUCCCCACUUUCAUGUUCUUCUUCGGAUUCCAAUUCUCUCCUCAACGUAA